AUGUUUUCAACAGCUCCUUUCCUCACUCCCCUCCACUAUAUCAUCCCCGUCAUCCUCUUCGUACCCUUAAUAUUCGUCCUCUUACCCAAACCAAAACCUAUCGAUCCUAUACCUGGUAUACGACCCAUAACCGUCCAGCGGAUCACCCCGCGUAAAUCAACCAUAUCAACCUGUUUACUCUUACUAUCCUUCCUGGCUUUUGGUGAUAUAGCUAUUCUGGCUUCUGAUCUGGUCACAGAGAGAAUAAGGAAUGGUGAUCAACCCAUCAAUAUCCCCGAUUAUCUCAAAGGUGGAAAAUUGGCUGGAGAAGUCAUUUACACUUUGGGUCAAUUGAUUGUCUACGGUCUGGCAUUGGCGGGCGUAUGGUGGAGAGAAAAAUGGCAAUCUAAAAGUUUGGUUACUCUCGCCACUUUAGCUUUGGGUUUGGAGAUUCCUAAUCUUGUUGGAUUGGUCUUGAGAGAAGUACACACUCACGGAUACGAUAAGAUCUUCACUAUCCUCUCCCUUGUACCUUCAUCCUCUCGCUUACUCGUUUUACCCAUUCUGAUUGUCACGUUGCUCUCUCCGAGAGUAUCAUACGAACCAGCCGAUGAACGCACUGGACUACUCACCGAGUCAGGUGUGGAUGGACGUGUUGAUCCUUCUUCCAGCGAAUACGGAACUUUCGAUGACGAUUCUCAAGAUCCUACUAAGACCACUACGACCACCACUGGAGCACCUACAACGCCCGUACCAGGUGCAGGCGAGAACACAACCAACGCCAACGAUAACCCCGCCGCAAUAGCAGCAACCGUUGCUGCCGCCAAAAAGAUCAAGAUCACCAAACAGCUCGGUGUGAAAAAGCAAGAUGAAAAAAAGGAAGAAUUAUCUCUGAGAGAAGCGUGGUUCAAGUUCAGACCCCUCAUUCCCAAAUUAUGGCCAGCAACAAGCAUCAAACUCCAAUUAUUCGCUGCUAUGACUGGUCUUAUGAUCAUCAUCGAUCGAAUACUGACACCCUUGUCACCUAUCUCAAUGGGACUGUUGAUCAGAGCGUUAACCGAAAGGAAUCAACACGAUAUCUGGAAAUGGCUCGGAAUCUACUUGGCAUUAAGAUUGUUGAAUGCGAAUGGUACCCUCAGUGCUAUUCAACAAGCGUUCUGGUUACCCAUCGUGCAGUAUACAGAUAGGGAAAUGCAAAUGCUCUGCUUCAACCAUAUUUUGGAUCUUUCUUUGGCCUACCAUACGAAGAGGAAUACCGGUGAAGUGAUGAGGAUCAUCGAAAGAGGUUCGGCGGUCAACAAUCUAUUCAGAACAGUCUUAUUCAGCGUCAUACCGACUUUUGCGGAUAUCGCUAUUGGAUUUUCGGUAUUCCAGUACUUAUUCGGACCGAUCAUUACUUUCACUGUCUUACUCUUCAUGAUACCUUAUAUGUGCUUCACAUACUACUCUACAAAAUUCCGGAAAUACAUCCGAAAAGAAUACAUCGAAAAGGACGUUCAUCAGCGAGGAGUCGUAUCGGAUGUUCUAACUAAUUGGGAAAGUGUUAAAUAUUUCACCGGAGAACCUAGAGAAGUAGAAAGAUUCACCAAUGCCGUUGGGGAUUUACAAAGAGUAGAAUGGCAAUGGGAUAUGGGAUUCCAAGCUGUCUAUGCCAUCCAAUCGUUACUUCUCACUUUGGGAUUCGCCUCGGGAGCUAUACUGCUCUCAUGGAAUAUCAUGAGAGGUAUAGGUGAUGCGGCAUUGUUCGUCAUCUUUAUCCAAUACUAUGGUGCUUUCACCACACCUUUAAACCAACUUUCAAGUCUAUACCGAUCGAUCAACACCAACAUUACCGAUUCGGAGAAGAUGUUGAAAUUGUUAGCUGAACAAACUGAGAUUAAAGAUUUGCCCGAUGCGAAAGAACUGAUCAUCAAGGAUGGUACGAUCGAAUUUGACGAUGUGACAUUCAGCUACGAUGAUAAAGUCACUGCGUUGAAGAAUGUCUCUUUCAAAUUGGGUAAAGGCGAAUCGAUGGCAUUGGUAGGAGAGACCGGAUCGGGUAAAUCAACAAUCUUGAAAUUGAUUUAUAGAUUCUAUGAAGUUACUUCAGGAAGGAUAUUGAUCGAUGGACAAGAUAUAUCAAAAGUCACACAAGCGUCUCUUAGAAACGCUAUUGGAAUCGUACCGCAAGACUCGGUGUUAUGGAAUGACACGAUAGGAGCUAAUAUCGCGUAUGGAAAACCGGGUGCGUCGGACGAAGAGGUCAUUGCUGCUGCAAUAAGAGGUAGGAUCCACGAUAAGAUUAUGACGUUUGAUGAAGGAUAUGAUACCAUUGUAGGAGAACGGGGCAAGAGAUUGUCGGGUGGAGAGAAACAGAGAGUUAGUCUGGCGAGGAUGUUUUUAAAGAACCCUGCGAUAUUGGUCCUCGACGAAGCUACCUCAGCACUUGAUACAGAGACUGAAAGAGAGAUCCAAAAGUCAUUGGCUGUUUUGUCGAAAGGGAAAAGUUCACUUUCAAUCGCUCAUAGAUUAUCCACCAUCAUCAACUCAGAUAAGAUCGCUGUGAUGAAGGAAGGGCAGAUGAUUGAAAUCGGUACUUAUCAAGAACUUAUCACUAAAAAAGAUGGUAUCUUUGCUAGAAUGUGGAAACGACAAAUCUACACUGAGGCUGAACUACUCGACGACGAGGAUCUCGAAAAAGUAGCCAACACUCUUCCAACCGCUGACGAUUUGCGAUAUGCUCAUGCUCAUCCUGCUGAAAAAUCUGGUACCAAGAAAGACAAAGAUGAUGAUGAUAAGCCUGAUGGAAAAGCGGAGCAAUCAACAUCUGAUCAACCCUCGUCAUCUACUAUAGCCAUGGCUCAGACUGAAGAAGCAACUUCAGCGUUGAUCGAUCUCGAGGACAAGGCUGGGGACCAAUCUGUCGAAGGAUUCGCCGUCGACGUGCCACCUCCUAUUGUUGAUAAUCCAGAAUACGGAUCUUUCGCCGAUGCCGUCAAAUCGCCAUCUCCCGAGGGGUCUGGCGCUGCGAUUGUUACAGCUGCUCCUGAGCCUCCCUCCAAGCCACAUGAUACCGAAGAGGGCAAAGACGUGCGAGAGUCGACCCCAGACGAAGCUGAGCCGACUAGCGCUGCUACUGGACCUUCCUCCGUUGUCGAAACUCAGGAUCCCAUCGCUGCCGCCAAACCGGAAGGAAUAGAGGAUGAGUCUAGCGAAACUCCUAAAGCUGCUCCGGAAACUGAGACUACUCCCGAUACUACCUCAACGCCAGUUCCUUCUGUACCAUUCCCAUCAUCUCCUUCUGCAUCACCCAAGAAAGAAGGAUCAGUAUCAUUAUCGCUCAACUCACCAUCUCGAAAAUCUACCGAAGGAUCUUCCUCGCCCGUCAAAGCAUUCCCCACUGAAUCACCCAAACCUGGAUCCGUUCCAUUCCCUUCUUCUGCCUCUGGUAAACCCGCCAACACAAAAAGAUGGUCUACCAUGUCUGCCUCUCCAUCCAUCGCCUCUGCCUUAUCUUCCACCGGGGACGGGGCACCCAUGGGAUCUUCCCCUUCUAAAUCUGAUACUUCAGGAGGAGAUAAGUCGGAUAAGAGACGUAAGCGGUUAAGUUCGAUCAAAGGGUUUGUCCGACGAAUAUCAGAUCAGGGAUUGACUAGAUCACCUAGUGGAUUGAGAUCACCCGCUUCAGAGGAUUUGCCUCCUAUCUCGGGAAACACUGAAAAUGAUCACGAAGUCAAUGAGAGUACGCCUUUGGUUGGACAAGGAGAACAAAGAGAGAGGAGGGUUAGUACACAUGGAGGGAAAGAUGACAAGAAAUUGUCAAAGAAGAAGAAGAAACAUGGUAAACAUUAG